AUGUCUGCCAAAGCAUCGGCCCCAAUUAAUUUUCAAAAUCAUCAUCAUGAAACCGAACCUGGCGUGGUUGAUGAUGGUUUAUUGUCGGUGAGCACAAUGGAGACAAGCAGGCAGAGCGGAGAAGGCAUGCAGUCCUCUUCUUCGUUAUCACAGCCACAACACAUACGAUCCUUUUCAAAUCAAGGGAUUGGUUCUACCUCUCCGGGUAACGGUGAUGGCCUCUUUUCUAAAAUAACCAAGUACUUUAAACCAACGCCUCCCACACCAACAACACAAAACGGAUCAUCACAAUAUUCUCCUUCAUUGAGCAGUAGCACCAGUUCAUCAACCUUUUCGUCCUCCAGCAUAACAGCAAACAAUAGUACUAAUAACGGAACAAUUGGAAAUACAAAUACUGCCGAUUAUUAUCAGCAAAAACAAAAACAACUACAAAAGAAACAAAAGAAAAAGGGUCCUCCUAAACCUGGCACAAUGACAAAGGUUAUCGGUGCUUCAUUUCCUCUGGAGGCUAUUUCCGAGCAAAUUGGAGUCUUCCCAACAACAAGCAACGAACAGAGCGAGAGAAACUCUUUUAGCGAAUUAUCUACUUCUCAAACAAGUUCUUCAAAGAAUGGAGUCUUUGAUCCCUUUGCUGACUCAUCAGAACAAUCUAGAUCUUCUAUAGGAAGCGACAGUGCUUCUACACCAACUUCUUUUGUAAUCAGAAAUUCAGGAAAUAUCAGCAAUUAUCUUAGUGAUGACGAAGGUGUAUCUGAAUCAAAGAUUGAACGGUUCAGACAUAUAUUAAACACACAAGAGGACAUCGAUGUUGACGGCUUAAGAAAGCUCAGUUGGAGAGGCAUUCCUUCUUCUGUUAGAGCAAUGGUUUGGAAACUGCUAUUAGGAUACAUACCAUGUAAUCGAGAACGAUCAGAAAAAAUUAUUGCAAGAAAGCGAAAAGAAUACCUAGAUUAUGUGGCAAAAUAUUACAAUGAGGAGCAUUUACAAAAAACAGAACAAGAGACUGCACUUCAAAAACAAAUACAUAUCGAUGUACUAAGAACAAAUCCUGACCUUCAACUCUUUCAACACCCAAGAAUUCAAAAUUGUUUGGAAAGAAUAUUGUAUAUUUGGAGCAUAAGACAUCCUGCCAGUGGUUAUGUUCAAGGUCUUAACGAUCUUGUGACACCUUUUAUGAGUGUAUUUUUAUAUGACAUGAUGAAGUGUGACAUUUUAUCAUGUGAUCCAGAUCAGAUCCCAGAUGAAAUUUUGGAGUCAAUGGAAUGCGAUAGCUUUUGGUGCUUCACUCAAUUUAUUGAUUUUAUACAAGACCAUUAUACGUUUGCACAACCUGGAAUUCAGAGAAUGGUAAACAAACUCGAAGAAAUUAUUCAAAAAAUUGAUGCGCCCUUAUUCACACAUUUACAAAACAAUAAUCUAGAAUUUAUUCAGUUUGCUUUCAGAUGGAUGAAUUGUCUUCUCAUGCGAGAGGUCUCUCUUAAAUUAGUUGUAAAACUUUUCGAUGCUUACAUUGCAGAGGGAGACGACUUUGAAGGUCUUCAUGUCAACAAUCUUAGUAGUAUUUUAGCAGCUAACAAUGUCAAAUUCUUUUCAACAGUAAAUCUGCAACAGGCCACUAAAAAGAAUAAUAAUUUUGAAAAAACUUUCAAGUCAAAGUCUACUCGGAAAUCAUCGUCAUAUCAUGAUAAUACUGAUUUAAAAGAUAAAACAAAAUCCAAAUUGGAAAAGAGGCUUGAAGAUAUUCAACGUAUGCAAAGAUGGAAACAACAUGCUCAACAAAAACAUGCAGAAAAGAAAAUAGCUCAAGUCAACAACCUGUUGAGCGACAAAUUGACAGAUUCCCUUCUCCCCAAGUCUUCAGAAAUUAAACCUCGCUCUUCAGUUCUUGCGAGAGUAGAAAAAACCUCAGUAGGAAGAAGAAGACAUGGUCAAAAGGAAAAGAAAUUUGAAAUCAAUGUAUAUUUCCCAAAACUAUUUCGAUCCAAAGUCAUGAAAAAAGUUUCAUUAGACAAAAUAGAUAAUUCUCUACCAAAGAUUGCAUUUGCUGGACGUUCAAAUGUUGGAAAAAGCAGUCUCAUUAAUUCUCUAGUAACUAAAAAAGGGUAUGGAGGAAAGGCAAUUGUGAGCAGCAAGCCAGGAGAAACGCAAGAUAUAAAUUGCUAUCAACUUGCCAACGCCUUAAAUUUAAUUGAUUUUCCAGGAUAUGGGUUUGCAUUUGCUGACGAUGAAAAACGAUUGCAAUGGAUUCAGAACAUGCAACAAUUUCUUUUGAACGCUGUGAAAAUGAAAAGAGUGUUUAUUCUAAUUGACGUAAGACACGGAUUUAAGGAAAGCGAUUAUUCAUUUUUAUCAUUUCUCAAUCAAAAUAAGAUCAAAAACCAAAUCAUUCUCACGAAAUGCGAUCUAUUGUACCCCGAUGAAAUUGCCAAACAAUACGAUUAUUUGAAGGCACAAUUACAGGCACGUCCAUUCAAUUACACCUGUGAAGAGUUGAUUGUUGUCUCUGCCAAGAAAAUGAAUGGAAUCAGAGAGCUGCAAGAAGAAAUUCUCGCAUUAUUACCUGACAAGGGAGCACAAUUCAGAAGUACAGAGAAAAACAUACCCAAAGUUCCAGAGGUGCCAAUAGCACGACCUCCUCGACCCAUGACUCUUAAAAGUAAUGAUGAAGACCCCUUCAUGGAGAACACAACGAAAAAAUCAACAAGCUCCAUGAGGUCAUCCAAGAAACGAAAUGAAACCAUUUCAAAAUCACCAACAAAGAGGCUCUCCACAAAGAAUAAACGCACAGCAAGGAAGUAA